AUGUCUGGAAUCGUCAACAAGAUCAAGGAUGUUCUCCACCACGACAAGUCCUCAUCCACUACUCACUCAGGUACUGCUGAGGGAGUCGCUGGACCGCACGGUAGCCGCGCCGCCAAUGCUGCUGAUCCAAGAAUCGACAGUGAUAUGGAUGGAUCAAGACACACUGGAGCUACCACCGGUACUACUGGAGGCCUAACUGGCACCCACGGUACUCACACCACCGGUACUACUUCAACCGGAUACGGAGCUUCCAACUCUACUGCCGGACCACACAGCUCAAACAUGGCCAACAAAGUUGACCCUCGCGUCGACAGUGAUCUUGAUGGAUCAAGGAACAUGGGAGCUGCCAGCGGUACUACCGGAGGCUACUCAUCUGGAACCUCAGGUUUGACUGGUACCAGCCACGGUACUUCAGGCUUGACUGGUUCCAACCACGGAAGCUCAGGCUUGACCGGUACCAAUCACGGAACAACUGGCAUUGGAAACUCUUCUGCUCACACCUCUUCCACCACUUCCACCACCCCACACAACUCCAACUUGUUGAACAAGGUCGACCCAAGAGUCGACUCAACAACCUCUGGUGCAUACAGCGGAACUCACGCUGGUAACACCGGCACCACCGGAACUCACUCUGGAACCGGUGCCUUCUCAGGUACCGGAACCACUGGCGGUCUCAGCAACUCCUCCAACGCAGGACCACACAACUCCAGCAUGGCCAACAAAGCCGAUCCUCGCGUCGACUCUGACCUCGACGGUCGUGGAAACAGACACGGUGCUUCCCACGGAGGUAUCUUGGGCGCAAGCGGCUCUCACGCCACUGCUGGCUCAGGAACCGCCCAGAACACCGCCGGUCCUCACAACUCUGAUAUGUUGAACAAGGUUGACCCACGCGUCGACUCUGACCGUGAUGGCUCUAAGACCUACAUGGGCAACCAGACUCACGCUACACAUACAGAAGUCCACGAUGCAUCGAAAGUGCCACCGUCAGUCUUAGCCGCUCAUCUGGGCGAACCUGAGAUCUUGCAUGACGGGGUGCCGAAAUCAUCUGGCGUGUCUGACCAGGAGAAAUAUUUGGGCAGCGAAAGCGGGUUAUGA